AACUAGAAUAUUUGAAAGAAACAAAUACGGCAUUGCAUCAUUUGAAUUCUUACGAUGAUUCCUAUUAAUUUGGAUCGGACUAAACCGGAAAAAUGCGAAAUUUUAGCGGGAAAAGAUCUGGAAUUGAGGAGUUCCUAUGAUAUCGUUUCAGUGUUGUUGUGAGAGUGUAGGUAUAAGAAAGUGCAAGAUGAACCGCCACCUAACCAGAGCACGAAAAAUUUUAUCGAGCGCAUUGGGUAAGUAGCUAUUUUAUUAUAAUUUCGGAAAACAUAUAAUAAUAACAUAUAAUAGGAGAGUAAUAUUAUGUAAUACCAACAGAGACCAAAUUCUAUAGUCUAUACCCAAAGUUUCUCGAUUUUAAUAUGGAAAUAGGCAAUAAAUAUUGCUUAGCAAUUUCGCGGAAGACGUUUUAUCGAAAUUUUGAAAUAUAACAAUCGAGAAAUUUCACCUGCUGAGAUUUUAUCUCGAGUGGUAUUCGGAAACACUAUACAUGGAAAAAUUAUUCGCAAAGUAAUAUGAUCACUUUCGACAAAUUUUCAUUUCCUAAACUAUUUUGAAUUUGGAGAAAUGACCAAAUAAUGGCUAAACGAAGUUGUUAGUCUAGCCGGCUUGCAUUGUCUUUCAUUUUCUAAAUAAAAAUGGAAUGAGAAUGUCUAAUUACUGAAGAAUGAAAGGAUAAUUUUCACAUCAUAUUUUUCUUUUUCGGAACUUUUUUUUCAUUUUGGCUUUUCACUUCUUUAGGAGAACGAGAAGCAGACCUAAAAAUGAAUGAAGAAUUGAAAAACAAUUCAUGGAGAAAGUUUUGUAAUGUUGACCCUAAAGAAUCUUUCAAAAACUCUGACUUUGAAGUACCAAAAGAGAUGGAAUUUGUUGAAAAAAUCCCAGAGAAUGAAAAUGAGGCAGAUGAUGCUGGAGUCCAAGAAAACUUGUCUUAUUCUUUAUCCUUUUCGGAUUUAGACGUUGACUACGUUCCGUCCAGUUUUGAGAUCUCGAAUGAGGAUAAUUGCAAUUCCCAGGAUUCAGAUAUACUUAAUUUCGACACGACCUCUGAAGCAAAGGACUUGGAAAUUGUGGAAAAAGAAAAAAAUAUGAAACAGAAAAAAAAAUAUAAAAAGAAGGCACCUGAGAGGGACAAUUGCUACUUUUGUGAGACUGAGGUUCUUAAUUUUAGUAGACACAUUGCAAGAUGUCACUCAGCUGAGAUAGAGGUGCAGCGAUUACUUGCGAAGCCUGUGAAGAGUAAGGAAAGAAAAAAUCUAAUAACGAGCCUAAGAAAAAAAGGAAAUUAUUUGAGAAAUUCCGAGGUAUGUUCCAAGCCGAUGAAAAAACCACCAGGUGGAGAUACCAGUGAAUAUUUGCCUUGCCUUUACUGUCUCGGAUUUUACUCUCGUAAGCAGUUGUGGCGACACAAGAAGAGGUGCACAGAAAAUCUUCACUUGGAGAAUAACAUAAGCUCCACUUCAGCAUUAUACUUCAAAAAUCAUAAAACAGAUCCUGAUUUACGUGACAAAGUAUUUCCUAGAAUGAGGCCUGAUAAAGUGUCUAUAGUUGCCCAACAAGAUGCACUUAUUUGUGCUUUUGGGUCACGUUAUUUGAGGGUUCACCGAGAGAAGCAUUUCAUAAAUGUGACUUCAAGAAAAAUGAGGGAACUCUCCCGAUUAUUAAUCGAAGCCAAGAAACUCGAUAAAUCAAUCAACACAAUGAUGGAUAUGCUCCAACCUAAAUAUUAUGACACAGUUGUAACAGCUACCAAACUUUGUGCUAAGUAUGAUAAGUCUACAGAAUGUUUUCUGUCGCCAACAUUCGCCAUGAACAUAGCAACUUCAUUAAAGCAAUGUUGUGACUUGGCAAUAGUAUUCGCUCUAAAAAGAAAACAUAUUUAUGCAACGGUAUCUGCAGCAAACGCUGAAUCGGCAAUGAAAACUUUCGCACAGCUCAUUGAAGCCAACUGGAGGUAUGAUAUCUCAACCGUUGCAUCGAAUAAUCUGCACAUAAAAAGAUGGAAUAAAAUAACCAUCAUACCCUUAGCCAAAGACUUGAAACUGAUGAAAAAUUACCUGACUACUGAAGCUGAUAAAGCCAAACAAAAGUUAAGUAGUGAAAAUGAAAACAAAUCGGCAUACAAAGUUUUAACUGAAACUGUCUAUUGUAGGGUGUUAUUACUUAAUAGAAAGAGGCCAGGAGAAUUACAGAGACUAUUAAUCGAUUUAUAUAAUCAAUCAUCCAAAAGACAAAAUUAUGAAGAAUUUUCCGAUGCUAUUUCACCUACGGAAAAAUUUUUAAUGAAUCGAUUCAAGAGAAUUGUUAUAAGAGGAAAGAGAAAUCGCGGCGUUCCUGUCCUAUUCAGCACAGAAGUUCAGAAAGACAUCUCAAUAAUGAAUGAAAUAAGACACAAAUAUGUCAGAGAGGAAAACAGAUUUUUAUUCGCCCUUCCUGACAGCGAUUCACAUAUCGUGGGUUAUAAGGUUCUGGCGAAAUAUGCAAAAGCCUGUGGGGCAGAAAGACACGAUGCACUUACAUCUACGAGACUAAGGAAGCACCUAGCCACCCUAUCACAGAUAUUCAGCAUGACAGAUUCGGACUUGGAGCAAUUAUCAACAUUUAUGGGACACACUCCUGGAACCCAUAAGAAUUCUUAUAGAUUGCCUGAUGACGUUUACCAAUCAUCUAAAAUUGUGAAAAUUUUGCUCCUCAUGGAACAAGGUACAUCUGCUUCUUUCAAAGGGAAAACUCUUGAUGAAAUCGAAGUUGAUUUGGAACAGAACCUAGAAGAUGAACUAGAACCAGAUGAAGAUGCCAUUUCAAGCGAUGUGAAUGAUGAUAGUAAUAUGGACUACGAAACACUUGAAAGGAGUAGUAGGCAGAUUAACAUUGAAAGAAGAGAAGAAUCUGAGAACGAAAACCAGAAGGAUGAGGUUCUGAAAAGAAAGAAUAAGAGAAAAAACAACAAAAUUCAAAGAACGCCGUGGACAGAGGAACAGAAGAAGGUUGUUAAAGAAUUUUUCCAAACCAAUAUCCGAAAUAAAGUAGAUACCACCCAAAAGAAUCGAGUGUGAAAAACUCAUAAGCCAGAAUAAUGAAUUAUUGAAGAACAAGGACUGGCUUAAAAUUAAGGUUUUCAUACAGAAUGUAUAUACCCUUAAAUGUAAGGGUUGAAAUUGAAAAAUUGUAUCAAUUUCAAUAGUUUUUUCUUGAAUAAAGGUUCACGAAUAGACGAGGUUUCAUUUUUUCUUCUUCUUUUUCCUCAGUCAGGAUAUUGGGGAUUCUAGAGCUGACCAGGCAUAUUAUUCUUCUUUUGAAUUACAUUUGAUAUUCCUAUCCGAAUUUUUCUUCGAGAAUAAGUAUUAUUCAAUAUAAAGCAAUCGUUUUUCCACCCCAAGAUUAAUUUAUUCACCCUGCCGAAGAAUAAACAAUAUGAGUCGAAUGAAAAUAAGUGUUAUUUUUCCAAAAAACAGAUUAGGAAAAUACUCGUUCCAGAAGAUUAACUAUUGAUAGAUGGGGAAUAAAAAUGGGGAUUAUAUCAUAUCAACAUCCAAUGGUUUUGCAUUGUAUCGAAUAAUAUAUAUUAUGAUAUAUAGGUAUUUAUUUUUAGUACUUAGGGCAAUUCUUCCUUCUGAAUUAUUUCACUAUAGAUCAAUGGCGUAACUAGAGUUGACUCAUGGGAGGGGUAACCCCACUUUGGAAAAGCAAAAUCUUUCUUUCUUUCUUUUUUAAAAAAUUUUUGUAUUGUUACUUAGAAUUUUUUUAUUUCUUCU